GCAGGUUCAGAUAGAGUUACAGUGAGCUGUGUCUUCAUGAAUAAAUCAACUCUCACGCUGAGAUCACACUCACACCAGGCUCACAACACUUACAACAUGGACAUAACAGUCCUGCCGAACAACAAUCAUCCAGAGAAAUUCCUGCAGCUGGAUGUGGGAAUGCUGCCAGUUACACACGGGAUGUUUCAGAUCGGUGCUGCGCUCUCUCGACAGAGACAAUGGCACAACCGCAUGUAUUCACAGGUAGGAGAGAGAAGUCACGAUGAUAAGCCGUCAGCAGAUGGCGGUGGUGUGUUCAGAGACAGAGAUCUAGAAAAACACAUCACUCCACAAACUCUGAAACCCAACAUCAAACACAAUCCUCUAUAUGCCCACAUCAGCAUCAUCAACAACACAGAGGAGAACAACAAAUCCAAACCAUCCUGGACCAUUCAGGAAUAUGACAGACACAUUGCACACGGACAGCUGGGAGACUACAUGAAGGAAGACCCAAGAGAGCUAAACUUCUGGCUGGAAGAUCUCUACACCCCCGGCUACGAUUCACUGCUCAAGAAGAAAGAAGCUGAACUGAGAAGAAAGAAGAUUUGUAAAAUAUUAUCAUCCGUCAUUUUAUUGGUUUGUGUGAUUGUGAUCAUUAUUACUGUGCCAAUUGUGUUAACACAAUCUAAAGACUGACGGGAAUGAAAAAAAACUGAUGAAAUUUACAUAUGAGAACAUACUAUUUUCCUGUCUAAAAGCAUUUUUAUAUUCGCAGUGGGGGCGCCAGAAAUAAACCGUAAAGUAAUGUUUUUUUCCGUAUAAAAUUACAUGGUUUUCGUGUAAAUCUGUCGUCUUUUUCUGUAAUUGUAAGUUUUUUUAAACUGUAUUUCAAAAAUACAUAAAAAUAUGUUUCUGAAUGUUUCUCACACAUCUCUACACUGAAUGAGUGUUUGUCAGAUUUUCUCUUGGUCUGUGGGAUUUCUAUGAAAAGUUAUGUUGACUUCACGUUCAUGAGCAGCAGAUGUAUGAAUGCUUCAUCUGUCGGUGUGUACUGUAGGUUACUGUGCAUGAAUCCACUGAGAAAACCACUGAACUGCUGUUUCUGAACUUUCUUCUUCAACAUCACGCUGAGUGCUCUUAUUUAAUGUCAUGAAACUUU